AUGGGGCUGCUGUCUAUCAUACAGAAAAACAAGUAUAAAGAUCGUGAAGUUCGAAUUUUAUUUCUCGGCCUGGACAAUGCAGGGAAAACCACCACCCUAAAACGGCUCCUGCAUGAGCCCAUAGAUACCAUUAGUCCAACUUUUGGCUUUUCCAUCCGAACACUGGUACGAAAAGGGUUUACAGUAAAUAUUUGGGAUGUGGGCGGACAACGUACCCUUCGCCCAUACUGGCGGAACUACUUUGAAAAGACCGAUGGUGUGGUCUGGGUCGUGGAUAGCUGUGACUUGAGCCGCAUGGAAGACUGCCGCACUGAGCUAUGGAAACUACUGCAUGAAGAUCUGAUCUUUCAACUUGUGAGUCGUAGAGACGAUGCGACGGUUUGCAACUUCUUAGACGCCCCUGAAUUGACACCCCUUCUCCCACCACCUGUGAACGACGCAUGGUCGAAACUCAAAAGUCACAAAAGUACAAACUCUAGCCAAGAUGAAGAAGUGACAAGUGAUGACGAUGAUGAUACAGAUUACUGGAUUCAUUACGAUGCGAUAGAAUCCAAUGCACAACGCCAAAGUGUUACACAUCGCUGGCGGCCUGAUGACGAGCUACGCGUCAUCUACCGUCACUAUGCCACGCUAUACUUUGUUCUUGUGGUGGAUCAAAGUGAAAGUGAGCUGGGGAUUUUGGAUCUUAUUCAGGUUAUAGUGGAAGCGCUGGACCGGAGCUUUGAGAACGUAUGUGAGCUGGAUCUGAUCUUCCAUUUUGAUGAAGUCCAUGCAGUGGUAGACCAGAUCAUUCAAGGUGGACUUGUUCUGGAAACCAACAUCGAAAAAAUUGCUGAGGCUACUAACAUGGUUCGGCAAGCGCGCAAGGCGUCUGCCCAAGGCUCUACAGGUGCUAUGGCUGCCUUUACAGCAGCGCAGAAUGCCUCGUCAUAUUUGGCUCCGCAGUGGAACAACGUGUCACUGAGUAGCAUUGCAGAACGAGGAAGUGAUGCGCUUAGUGCGCUGCAGCAGUUUGGUGGACAGUACUGGAGUUCAGUCGGGAGUGGCUCAGCACGAACGACUAUGCGAUCUCCAUUCUUGUAG